CAGCUUUCACUUUUCUUUUCGUCAGCACACGCUCACAAAAUACAGGAAUUGAAAAGGCGUGGGACGAAUAAAAUGCAAACAAUGGUAAACAUUGCUAAGAUAACAAAACAGAGGACAACGGGUGGACCUGUAUUUACCUCAGGAACCGGUUAAUAAUCUAAUUGAGAUCAUCUUGACACGAAGAAGAUGGCAGAAAUGAGACACACGGUGUGUGUUCGUGGGCUUCCAGACUAUAUGGAACACGACCGACUAGAAGAUAAACUUAUGGUCCAUUUUCUGCGUGAGCGCAACGGAGGUGGAGAGAUAUCAUCAAUCAGCAUUAAAGCAUCAGAUCCGUGUGCCAUCAUCACCUUUGAAGAUAGCAGAGUUGCGCUCAGUGUGUACAGUAGAAGACAUGUUUUAGAGGUGGAUGGAAAGAUGUAUGAACUUUCUCUGAGUUUUCCAUGGCAGGAGUCAGUACAUCUGAACAGGGUAAUCUGUGAUAUGUCUGUGACCAUAGAUUGCAACUAUUUGCCACUGGGUGAAGAGAAUCUAAAAACGAUCACUGAAAAAUUUCCUGGCCUUGGUAUACAAUACAUUAAGCCUCAGAGGCACUGCACCAUAAAGGGACGUUAUUCUGAGGUCAAUGAUGCUGUGUCUCAGUUGAAAAAACUCAUUGUUGAUUUUGAACCUCCGAGUGAAAAAAGUUUGUUCUUUGCACAAGAAAGCAAUAAAGUCCGUUCACAUCAGAAAGGAAACGACAACUCUCCAGACAAUCCCCAUAGACUCCACUUUGGUGGACAUGCUUCUUUGCAUCUGGAAUCCAGGUAUCCAAGUCCAACAGUGAAUAGUGUAAAACUAUCACAAGCACAAACAGGCUCUGCUGAGAAGAUAGAAGACUGGGUAGAUGCAGUAGAAGCACAGGCUCUGUCUCUAAUCAUGGAAGCAGAUGUAUUUGCAUAUCUAUGUAGCAGAAGUGAGGAGUACAAGAAUAUAUUGCAAAAUCAUGGUGUACAUGUGAUUGAUGUCACAGCUGCAGGAGUCACCACACUGUAUUUGCAAUCCAAUGCAAAAUUUAAGACCGGGUCAAAAGCAGAAACACAAAUGAACCAUGCCUGUAAGGAGCUGAGUCAACUUUACCAGCAGAUAGAGAGUAAUUUGAGAAGAGCUCAAAUUCCAAGAAGUGCCCUUAAAUUGCACGGAGAACAAACUGCUAUACUUAAGAACUUAGAGUCAUUACUACCCAAAGUGAUGCUAAGCUUUGAUCAGACUCACAUUUAUAUCGUAGGUGAGAGCAGUGAGGUUUCCCAGGCCAAACAGAUCCUCCUGUUUGGUUCAACUGAUGAGGACUUAAAAGUAAAGCAAGAAACCUCACUUUCAUCAUCUCCCGCUUACCUUUAUUCCCCGACAUCUGAAUCAGAGUCAAUGCAAAUAGACAGAGCAAGUAGUGAAUCUAGUACAAUGACCCCUAAAAUGAGAAUCUCUGAUGCUGAGAGAAGAGUAAGGACUGGGGAGGAAUACAAACUGGCUGCUCGAUUUAAGAACUCUGACAUGGGCUUACUGGGGUUUGGCCUUUUAGAAAGAGGGAGAAGUAGAGAGCAUCAAGAUUUGACCAAAGGCACUAACACGUUAACACUGGCAUCAAAUUCCUCCCUUGGUACAGCAGUUAGAGUCAAUAGUGACCAUACCAGGGCUUCUCAAGUUAGUGCUUUCAAAGUCACUGGUGUAAAUAACGUAGAUGAAGAUACCUUGUUUCAAACGAUGGAACCAAUGUCCUUUACAAGUACAUUAAAAAACAGCUGUCAGGUUUCAAACAAAGUUAGCAGAACAAAUUCUGUAAGUACCUCCAGAGUAAAACCUGCGUUCAAUGCUUCACUCAGCACACCUGCAGAUGCCUAUAGAGGACUAGAGAAACUGGGAAAGACCACAGUAGAAUCUACAAGAACCUCUACUUGCUCCUUAAGAAGGACAAAUAGUUUCUCAGGCCGUCCAUUACAAAAACAGGACACACAAAAGACUGGGAUUAAUGAGAAGUCGCAUCCUGCCACAAAUUCUUUUAGAAGACCAAGAUCCAGUAGCCUAAAAAGUAGGGUGUCUGCGGAGACCCUUCCAAGCAGGGCAGUCACUGUAUCUUCGUUGAUGUGGAGUUAUAUAAAAGAGGCGUAUGAUUCAGAACUAAAACCUCUGAUCUCGGAUCUACAAGUGUCUGAGAGCCCCGUAGACAAGUAUAAGACCAUGGUUAUUCUACAGGGAUCAGAAUCAUCCAAGGUCGAAGAAUGUCAGUGUGAGCUUCAGAAGCUAGUUGAUGUGAUAGGUUUAGACUUUUGUGUUCAGAACCUUCCACUGGCAGAUCUUGGAGUGACUGAAGGAAAUGAUAUGUUAAAGGAAUGCUGCUCAAACAUAUGCUCAUACUCCAGCAAAAUAGUACUGCAGCAUGCAAAGGAUGCUAUAAUCCUGAUGGGGCCAAAAUCACCCUGUUCUCAAGCCAAUGAGACGUUAAAAGAAUUGUUUCCUCGUGAAGUUUCUAAUUCUGGAUCUUUGGUCAAUACCUUCACCCUACAGGGCAGUGUAGAUCAAAGUCAAGCCAUUGCAUCAGCUAACCAAAUGCCAAUUAAAAGCAGUAGUCAGAAUAGACCAGAUCAGAUCAGAGCUAAUAGUGAGAAUCCUGCUAUAGGCAGACAUUUAGGAUACAAAUCUGAGUCCAGAAAUGUAGCUUAUAUGCAAUCACCAAAACCAGUUGCCAAAGAGACGCUUAAGAAGGCUUCAGAUUUGGAAAUAAGCAAGACUGGUCCAUUACCUGUCAAAUCCUCUGAGGAAAGUGGAGAGCUUUUAGGACUGGGAGAUGAUUUGCAGAAGCCUUCAUCACUCACUACACAGAAAAGCCAAAAAACACUGACUUGGAAACAGAUCAACUUGCCAAUCAGUAAGCAGUUGGAGUCUUGUGUGUGUGGAGCGAAUGGUUCACCAACAAGCUGUGGUGUUUACCUAUGUUCCAAAUGUAUUGAAUUUCAUGCUCAGUGUAUGGUAUGCUCUAAAAUAAAUGCAGCCAGAAAACCAUCAAUGGCAAUUCAAGCUCAAUCAUGCAAAGAGGAGCAGAAUGCAGAAGAGCUCACUGGAAAAGAAACGGGCACAAGACAAAAACACAAACAAGGCAUUCAGGGCACCAUGAGAUGUACAGAGCUGCCCAUGAACUUGCCAGGGUACGAGCAAUACAGGACAGCCAAAAUUACCUACUCUAUACCUGAUGGCAUCCAGGGAGAGGAACACCCUAACCCUGGGUUACCAUUCAAAGGAGGUGAAUUUGAAGCUUAUUUGCCACUCACUUCAAAGGGGCAGGUCUUACUGCAAUGCCUGGAGAGAGCCUUUAAGCAAGGGUUUACCUUUACUGUUUGCCCAAAUAACAGUACUGGCAGAGCAAAAAUAACAUGGAGCAGAAUCCCACAUAAGACUAAGACUGCAGGAGGGAAGAGUGGGAACGGAUAUCCCGACUCAGGAUAUCUUAAAGACUUGGCUGAGGCAUUGAGGACUUGUGGGAUUGAGGGGGUUUAAUUGCAAUUGAAAGGAAAUUAAGUGAAAUUUGGAUAUCUUGAAUCAACCCCAGUCCUAAGUAUUAAUAAUUAAUACAUAUACUACUUGUAUUAUACUGAAUUAUGUAACACCUGUGACAUAAAUGUUUGAAGAACAAGAAAAUGAGUUCUUUUCUGCUAACCAUUUUUGGUCAAGUAUUUCUCAUACCCGAUUGAAGUAAUUAUUUUGUAGUAUUGUUAAGAGCAUAUGAUAUUGUACUGUAUAAAUGUUGUUAUUUUACCCCCUUUGUAUAGAUGAAAUUAUACUUUUUAAGACUUUUUUACAUACUGUACAGGAAGAUAAAAGGCUGAAUCGUUAAUUCUUGUAUCUCAACACCCGAGUGUCAAUAAAUUUUGCUUGUAAUUCA